AUGGACAACUGUGAUUUGGAAAAGCUGUGUGUGUCUGUGGGGAAGCUGCAGCCAGACUUCUCACCAAACAUUAGCAACUACCACGUUUCAGUGGAAAGUAGCGUCAGCAAAGUCAAUCUCGACGUGGCCACGAGCGAUUGCGGAGCUUCGUACAAAAUCCGUUUUGGAGAUGGAUCUCGUGUAAUCAAACUCAGUGAUGGCUUGAACAAAGUAGAAAUUGAAGUGGUUGCAGAAGAUGGCACUAUCAAAAACUAUUGUGUGGAAAUCACCAAGCUCUCUGCCAAGAUUGCAGAACUAAGUUGUGAGAGUGAGGUGAAACUAUCAGAGCUUGGACCACAUCUUCUAAGCUGCCCUUACAAACCAACAGGGGAGCUGGAUGCAAAGGUUCGUCACUGGGAGAAGAAACUCCACCUCGCUGCUGCUGCUGAAAACAAUGUGGAAAAUCUUUGUAACUUUGCAGAAGAUCACCUGAAAACUUAUAAUGAAAACAUCCCAAAACCAGGUGACUUGAUGAAGUACCAGGAAGACACAUCUCCACUGUAUAACCUUGAACAGGCAGCCAUUCACUUUGCAUCAGCAAUAAGACACAGCCCGAAAGAGCCCAGACUUCAUUUCUUACUUGGGAUGGUCCUGGAGACGACUUACUACGCCACAGAGAUGUAUGGCCUAAAAAAGAAGGUUGAUAAAGACAGUAAAGACCAAAGCGAUGCCAAGUCAACAUCACGGCAGGAUGAUAUCUUGGCAGUUUGCCUACUCCAUGGCUUCCCAGGGAAUCCGACAUUAGAAAAUCAACUGCAGGCUUUGGAUAAAGAAUACCAGCAACUGAGAGACCAGGGCCAGUCUAGCAAGGCAGACUAUGUCCAAACAUUGUACUUAUGGUUGUCAAAGAAAACUGGAAAGGACAACAGUGCAGCCGUGCAGGAUGAGGAGAAUUACCUAAACCAGGCCUUGAUGAAGUACUUGGAUGCCUGGUCUCUGAGUCCAGACAGCUGGGAGUAUAACCUACAUGUUGGGAGGUUACUGUUAUUGCAAGGGAAACAUUGCAAUGCCCUCCAACACCUGCAGACUGGACUGGCACUUAGACCACUCCAUGCUGGACUAAGGUUUUUCACUGGCUUGGCAUUACUGCAGCAGCAAAAGAACACUCCGGAGGACACCAAAAAGGAGGCUGCUCUCUGGAAGGAACAGUUCCCAUCAGAACCUCUGUCCAGCAUCAACACACAGUUCCUCCGUGGUCUUCUGACUAUGGGCCAGCUUCAACAGAAAAAUAUACUACAAAAUAAGGCCAUGAGCUCUGAGCAGGUCUAUCACAUUGUUUCUGCGCUCGCCGCCCAGAGUGUGAGUCAGUGUGUAAGCAGCAGUGAGGCGAGCUGUCAGCUGGAGUGGGUGCUGCUGGAUGCUCACUUUGUUCUUCUGCAGCGGCUCAUUCACAAGGUCAAGACUGGAGCUGACAUUAAGUCUGUAGUGGCAAAGAGGUGCCAGGCAAUAAUUUCUCUCAUCCGUCUCACUUCCAUCACCCCCUGUCAAGAGUUACUGGACAUGCAGGAGAACGCAUGUCAGUUAUCAGUGAUCACCACACCUCGGGAUAGCCAUGCUCUGUGUCUCCUUGGUCUGGCUCAGCUGGCUCAAUAUGACAGCAACCGGUCACAAGUUAACUUGGCUGAUGCUUGCCUGAGCUUUCAGGCAAGCAUUGAUCUCGAAGGCAAACCUCAGAAAGGAAAGGCACCAGAAGAAUUAAUCAAACAGAAGUGGUGGCAGCUCAGACAGCAGAAUGAAGUUCAGACUGUGACUAAGUCAGUAGCUUCUCAGCCAGAGGCAGUGAAGAAACCUACGACCACAGGAGCUGUGACUAGAGGACGUGGCCGAGGCAGAGCACAGCCUGGGAAAGGGCUUGUCCCAGGACAGGCUUCCCCUGUAACCCUCACCAAGGGAAGGAAAGCUACAUCUAAACCUUCUGCUGCGAGAGGGAGACCGGGGGUAGCUGCAAAGUCUUCCGACAACAGCACUAAACGCCACAAUUCAUCCAACAUGUCCAAACAGGAAUGCCCAGCCAAACCCACUGACACAGUCACAGUGCCAACUCUGAAAGGUGUCCCUGAGUCCAGUCCAGUAAAUCCCAAAUCCCACAUCCCACGCCUUGGCCUUGCCCGGGCCUUAGGCCGCUCAGAAAAGCAUGAACAAGCAGAAUCUCUCUACCGUGAAGUCAUUUCAAUGUCUCCUGAGGUGCAUGAUGCCUACAUUGAGCUUGUGCAGUUGCUGGAACCCAGAGACCCACAGGCAGCACUGGAAGUCUACUGCAGCUACCAGCUGAAGCCAGUGGCUGAACAAACUUUUGAUGACGCAUUCAUUACAGGAGAGAUUGUCCGAAUACUAAUGAAGCUUGAGCUGUUUGAUCAUCCACAGCUUGGCUCAAGUCUUGUCGCAUAUGGAAAAGUCAUGGGACUAAUCUUCUUACACAGAGUUAAGUUUUGUUACAAUGAGAACACGGACACACUGGUCAAAGCCAGAGCACACACAGAGACCCUGCUUAUCAGGGCUCCAGUCGAGGCUGGCGAUGGGCUGAGUGGACAGAGUGACGUUUUGUAA